AUGCGCGCAGAGGUGAAGGCGAAGCCGGGUGACGGCGAUGAAAGCACGCUCAUUGAACACAUGAAGGUUUCCGUGCAGCCGUCCACCCCGGCGACCGCGGAGGCGCAUCGGGCGCCGCACCGUGCAACCGCGGCGAAUCUGCAAAGCGGGUACAGUGGCAUUGGCAGCGGCCCUGGCGCAGCAGUGCCACCGGCCAACUCCACCGUGAUCUCCUCCUCCUCGACGACCGCGCAGCAGACCCGCGAGAACAUCGAGCGCGCGCUUCGCAUGAACGAGGCCACGAACAACUCCGGGUACGCCACUUUGCAGUCGCUGGGAAAGCAGCGCGAAGUCAUCCAGAACAGCCUCGACACGGUGGAUUCAACGCACCAGCAUCUUAGCGACUCCCGCCACGUCAUCCACGACAUCCGCAUGGGCGUGUAUAAAGAGUGGCUCAUCAAGGGAUGCGUCAUCGCGUUUCUGGUGCUCCUGAUCGUCGUCAUCGUAUAUUCCAAGUUUAUUCGGAAGUAG